AAAAAUAAAGAAAAAACACGAUUCCUUUUGCACUAGUUUAACUAACUUAUAUAAAAAUGGGUUUUACAUAUUUGACUGCCACAGAUGAAAGAUGAGUAGAUUUCUUCACAAGCAUAAUAUUUCUUCCUCUUCGAAAAAGCUGGUCUUUUUCAUAUCCAUAACAACUCUGCUAUCAGUUGCUGUCAUUGCAAAUUGUUUAUGGUUUUCUUCUUCUUCAAUUAUUAAAACCACUACCACGUAUUGGGCACUUCAGAAAAAAGGGAUUAUCCACACCAAUGCUACAAAACUAAGCCAUCUUCGAUCAAAGAAAGAAAGUGUUAUAUCAGCAACCUUUGCUGAUUUGGAUGCACCUGAUUUACCAUGGGAGACAAUGCCUGAAGCCCCAGUGCCUCGUCUUGAUGGAGCUUCAGUACAGAUCAACAAUCUUCUAUACGUUUUUGCAGGAUAUGCCUCACUUGAUCAUGUACAUUCUCAUGUGGAUGUGUUCAAUUUCACUGAUAACAAGUGGACAGAGAGGUUUGAUAUGCCUAAAGAAAUGGCUCAUUCACAUUUGGGAGUGGUCACUGAUGGUAAUAGAUACAUAUAUGUUGUUUCUGGACAGUAUGGUCCACAGUGUAGAGCCCCCAUAGCUCGUUCUUUUGUUUUGGAUACUGAGACCAAGAAAUGGAGUACUAUCAUUCCUCUACCUUUCCCUAGGUAUGCUCCAGCAACUCAGAUAUGGAGAGGGAGACUUCAUGUAAUGGGAGGGAGUAAAGAGAAUCGACACACACCAGGAUUGGAUCACUGGAGUAUUGCUGUAAAAGAUGGAAAAGUAUUGGAGAAACAAUGGCGAAAUGAAGUUCCUAUUCCCCGUGGCGGACCUCAUAGGGCUUGUGUUGUAUUCAACGAUCGGCUUUUUGUUAUCGGUGGCCAGGAAGGUGAUUUCAUGGCCAAACCAGGGUCACCAAUUUUCAAAUGCUCACGCAGGCACGAGGUGGUUUAUGAUGAUGUAUACAUGCUAGAUGCUGAAAUGAAGUGGAAAACUCUACCACCUAUGCCAAAGCCUAAUUCUCAUAUAGAAUGUGCUUGGGUAAUAGUCAACAAUUCAAUCAUAAUCACUGGAGGCACAACAGAGAAACACCCACUCACCAAGAGAAUGAUCCUUGUUGGAGAGGUCUUCCAAUUUCAUCUAGACUCACUGACAUGGUCAGUGAUUGGAAAGCUUCCAUAUCGAGCGAAGACUACAUUAGCUGGUUUUUGGAAUGGUUACUUGUAUUUUACAUCUGGACAGCGUGAUAGAGGCCCAGACAAUCCACAACCAAGGAAGGUCAUUGGAGAUAUGUGGAGAACCAAGUUGAGUUUGUGAGCUUAUUUCUUCUUUUUCUUCUUUUGGUAUAAGAUGAGAAUCAGUUGUUCGUUACAAUACAAAAGAUUUUCCUUCAAUACAAACUAUAGCUUAUUGUACAAAGUUGUUCUCGAGUAGAUAAUGCUAUGUUCUUUGUCAAAUUAUACAUAGAACUUUAGCCAAUUAUAACUUUGGUCUCUGUAUUUUGUUAUUAUAAUUCACAGUAGUAUAACCCCACAAUCUCCAAUUCAUUUUUGAUAUUCAA